AUGAAGAAUAAAUAUAUGAAUGCUGACAAUAAUGAUGAUGAUAAUGAGGAAGACAUUAUACUCGAUCGUAAAACUUUAAAUCUUAAAGCAAAACAAACAUUAAGUACAUCAAGUUCAUCACCUUUUGGCCCUAAUCAUCUUAACAUUGGAGUUUAUGAUGAUUCUAAUAAAUUAUCAAAAAUAAAAACAAUUAUUUUAGCUACUACUUGUAUAUCAAUGGGUAUGUUUACUGGUUUAUUGGGACCAACAUUUCCAUAUCUAGCACAAAAAAUGUCUACGAAAUUAUCAUCAAUUAUAUGGUUUAUUGUUGUGAAAGGUAUUGGUUUUCUUAUUGGAACUUGUUUAAGUUCGUAUCUUUAUACAUGGUUUAAUACAUGUUGUUUACUUGGUUUAUCUUGUUUAUCAAUAAGUUUUGGUGUUUAUUCACUUUCAUCUAUAAUAGAUUUAACAACAUUUUAUUUAAUUUCACUUACACUUGGUAUUGGUUUUGGUUUAACAUAUAAUGGUAUUGAUGCACUUUAUAAUCGUGUAUGGAUUCGUCCAUCAAUAUCAUCUAUUCGUUGGUUACAUUUAUUAGUUGCUUUAGGUGCAAUUAUUUCAACAUUAAUAUUACUUCCAUCUACAUUUUCAAUUGAUAAAAAUCUUUCAUCAAUAACAAAUAUUACUCAAUCUAUACGACCACGUCGUGCAAUAAUGAAUAAUACAGAUUUAUUAUUUAAUCAAACAAUUUCUUCUACAACUAUUAAUAUGAUAACAAAAUCAUCAAAAGUUGUAUCAGAAAAUUUAAUAAGUUCAUUUUAUACUAAAUCAUCUUUUAAAAUACAACAAACAAUUUCAAAAUCUAUUUGUAUUAAAUCUUAUUGUUGUUAUGAUCAGAAUAAGCGAAAUAAUAUAUUUAUAUGUCAAAAAUAUAUAAAUAAUCAAACAAAUAAUUGUAAAAAUGUUUUCUUAUCAUGUGAAACAUUAAAUUCAACUAUUUGUUAUAUUGAUAAAAUUCAUACAUGGUGUCGAAUUGAACAAAUAUGUGAAAAUGACACAAUAUCAAAUUGUUCUAGAGAAUUAAUUGAUAUAGCUAUUCAUAUAAACAAUUUUACAACAAUAAAAUCAUUAUCAUCAACAAGUACUACUAAUUUACCUUUAACAUCAACUUCUACAAUAAACAUAACCACUAGUGUUCCUAUAAGUAUUACUCAAACAACAGUAAAUAAUAUUUAUUUAAAUAUAACUCAAAUAUCAACUAAUCGUUAUAAUAAACCUUCAAUGGCUGAAUCAGAUAAAGAUGAUCUAUCAAAGAAUUUUUUUUAUUUAAAAAUUCGUUUAAUUUUUCAUUCAAUGACAUUAAUUGAUUUACUUUAUUUAUGUAUUUCAUUAUUAUUUUUUCUAUUGGGUAUAUUAUAUUCAAUAUUAGCAAUGCAAAAUGAAAAAAUAAAUUUAUUAUCAAUUAAAAAUCUUAAUCCAUUAUCAUUAUUAUUUAUUCAACCACAUCGAAUAAUAAAUAAUUUAAAUAAACAAAUCUCAUUAUUAUCUGAUUAUUCAUCAUUUAAAUUUAUAUUUCUUCUUAUAUUAUUCUAUUUUAUUUUAUCAGGUAUUGAACAUUCAUGUAUUUAUUUAAUAUAUUUAUUUGGUAAAAAUUUUCAUUUAUCUGAAUAUCAAUGUUUAUUAUUUCAAUUUUAUUAUUUAUUUGGUCGUUUAAUUGAUAUAUUAAUUAAUUAUAUAUGGUUUUUAUUAAAUAAAUAUUUUAAUAAAACACAAACAGAUUUUAUUUCAAUAAAAUUUCUAAUAUUUAUUCGUUUAAUUAUAUUAACAUUAAUUUGUUUUUUUAAUUUAUUUCAUCAAAUAUAUUAUUUUGUAUUUUUUUCAAUUGGAUUUUUUUUAACAUCAUUAUCAAGUUUAAUAUUAUAUUGGAUUGAACGUGAUUUAAGUUUAAAUGAAUUACUUCUUCGUAUUAUAUUAUAUACAAUAAUAAUAAGUGAAAUUAUUUUUCCUAUAUUUAUCUUUUAUAAUAUUGAAUAUUUUCUUCAAUUUUAUUUAUUAAUUAGUUUAUGUUUAUUGACUUUUUUCUUUAUGAUUAUUAUAUAUUCAAGUAAAAAAUGGCAAAGAAAUAGAUCCUAUCGUUUAUUACCAGAAUCAAUGGAUUUAGAUGAAAUAGAAUUUGAAGAAAAUUCGGAUAAUGAAACAUGA